AUGACCGAUGCUGACUCGAGCCAUGAAAAUUUAGCUGGCGUUGGAAAUGGCGUCCGGUCUUCUCCCUCCCCCAACAUUCCAAAUGGCAAACCCACCUCCCCCUAUGUAAAGGAAAGCACCCCUACCCCUGUGCAGACCGUCAGCUCCAAAGAUCCCAAAGCGGCUGCGGCUGCGGCCAACGACAUGCGAAAUGUUGUUAGAAGAAAGUUGACCGGCUACGUUGGUUUUGCCAAUCUGCCCAACCAAUGGCACCGGAAAAGUGUGAGAAAGGGAUUCAACUUCAAUGUCAUGGUAGUCGGCGAAUCUGGCUUAGGAAAGUCUACCUUGGUCAACACCUUGUUCAACACCUCCCUUUACCCUCCACGUGAGCGCAAAGGUCCCAGCUUGGACAUCAUUCCCAAGACGGUGUCUAUCCAAUCAAUCAGUGCUGAUAUUGAGGAAAACGGGGUUCGCCUGCGACUCACUGUCGUGGAUACUCCUGGCUUCGGCGAUUUCGUCAACAACGACGAUUCAUGGAGACCAAUCGUGGAAAACAUUGAACAACGAUUUGAUGCUUACCUAGAGGCUGAGAAUAAAGUCAAUCGUAUGAACAUUAUUGACAAUCGGGUCCAUGCCUGUGUCUACUUCAUUCAGCCUACCGGCCAUUCUCUCAAGCCUCUAGACAUUGAGGUCAUGCGCCGUCUGCACACCAAGGUCAAUUUGAUCCCCGUCAUUGCCAAGGCGGACACCCUGACAGACGAGGAAGUUGCCUCAUUCAAGCAGAGAAUUCUUGCUGAUAUCCAGCACCAUUCCAUCCAAAUCUUCGAGGGUCCCCGAUACGAGUUGGAUGACGAAGAAACCAUUGCAGAGAACCAGGAAAUCAUGUCCAAAGUGCCCUUUGCCGUGGUGGGAGCCAACUACGAGGUGACCAACCCAGAGGGCCGCAAAGUUCGUGGCCGCCGUUACCCAUGGGGUAUCAUUGAGGUGGACAACGAGGAACACUGCGACUUUGUCAAGCUGAGACAAAUGUUGAUCCGAACGCACAUGGAAGAACUCAAGGAGCACACCAACAAUGCACUGUACGAGAACUACCGUUCAGACAAGCUUAUCCAAAUGGGUGUCUCGCAGGACCCCAGCGUGUUCAAGGAGGUCAAUCCUGCUGUGAAGCAAGAGGAAGAACGCACAUUGCACGAGCAAAAGCUUGCCAAGAUGGAAGCGGAGAUGAAGGCAGUGUUCCAACAAAAGGUGCAAGAAAAGGAGAGCAAGUUGCAACAGAGCGAAGAAGAGCUCUUUGCCCGCCACCGCGAAAUGAAGGAGCAACUUGAACGACAACGAGCGGAACUAGAGGAGAAGAAAUCACGCAUCGAACAAGGACGACCUAUCGAAAAGGAGGGCAAGAGAAAGGGCUUCUCUCUUCGAUAA